AUAACCAUAAUAAAUCCAUUACAUGUUUAUGUAAGUAGUUACUUUGUUUUCAAAAACAAAGUAUUUAGUGAGGAAAAUGCCACUGUUGUGACAUUUUUACAACUGUCUUGAAUGUUUGCCUGAAUAGAAGUUGGGGGACUUCUCAUAUCUGCUCCUGCCUUCACUCUGUUGCAACAUCCCAGGUCAUAUAGUCUCAGGAAAGCUCAUCUGUAUACUUUUGAGUAAACAAGUCAUCUUAGCAGAAUCUUGAAAAUCCAUGUGGCCUCAUGGAAUGCCUGAAAGGGCGUCAUAUCCCCGUUUCAUUUUCAUUUUGUCAGCCACUACUAUACACUGUUCAUGAGUUGUAUGAUCCUUGCUAUGUGGUACAUGUUCCAUCAAUUCUUUCUUUGCUUUGUUGCAGAGUCCUUUGGGCAGAACUAUCCAGAGGAAGCUGAUGGAACUUUGGAUUGUAUCAGCAUGGCUUUGACUUGCACCUUUAACAGGUGGGGCACACUGCUUGCAGUUGGCUGUAAUGAUGGCCGAAUUGUCAUCUGGGAUUUCUUGACAAGAGGCAUUGCCAAAAUAAUUAGUGCACACAUCCAUCCAGUGUGUUCUUUAUGCUGGAGCCGAGACGGCCAUAAGCUCGUGAGUGCCUCCACUGAUAACAUAGUGUCACAGUGGGAUGUUCUUUCAGGCGACUGUGACCAGAGGUUUCGAUUCCCUUCACCCAUCUUAAAAGUCCAGUAUCAUCCGCGAGAUCAGAACAAGGUUCUCGUGUGUCCCAUGAAAUCUGCUCCUGUCAUGUUGACCCUUUCAGAUUCCAAACAUGUUGUUCUGCCGGUGGAUGAUGACUCCGAUUUGAACGUUGUGGCAUCUUUUGAUAGGCGAGGGGAAUAUAUUUAUACAGGAAACGCAAAAGGCAAGAUUUUGGUCCUAAAAACGGAUUCUCAGGAUCUUGUUGCUUCCUUCAGAGUAACAACUGGAACAAGCAAUACCACGGCCAUUAAGUCAAUUGAGUUUGCCCGGAAGGGGAGUUGCUUUUUAAUUAACACAGCAGAUCGAAUAAUCAGAGUUUAUGAUGGCAGAGAAAUCUUAACAUGUGGAAGAGAUGGAGAGCCUGAACCUAUGCAGAAAUUGCAGGAUUUGGUGAAUAGGACCCCAUGGAAGAAAUGUUGUUUCUCUGGGGAUGGGGAAUACAUCGUGGCAGGUUCUGCACGGCAGCACGCCCUCUACAUCUGGGAGAAGAGCAUUGGCAACCUGGUGAAAAUUCUCCAUGGGACGAGAGGAGAACUCCUCUUGGAUGUAGCUUGGCAUCCUGUUCGACCCAUCAUAGCAUCCAUCUCCAGUGGAGUGGUAUCUAUCUGGGCACAGAAUCAAGUAGAAAACUGGAGUGCAUUUGCACCAGACUUCAAAGAAUUGGAUGAAAAUGUAGAAUAUGAAGAAAGGGAAUCAGAGUUUGAUAUUGAAGAUGAAGAUAAGAGUGAGCCUGAGCAGACAGGGGCUGAUGCUGCGGAAGAUGAGGAAGUGGAUGUCACCAGUGUGGACCCUAUCGCUGCCUUCUGUAGCAGUGAUGAAGAGCUGGAAGAUUCAAAGGCUCUAUUGUAUUUACCCAUUGCCCCUGAGGUAGAAGACCCAGAAGAAAAUCCUUAUGGCCCCCCACCGGAUGCAGUCCAAACCUCCUUGAUGGAUGAAGGGGCUAGUUCAGAGAAGAAGAGGCAGUCCUCAGCAGAUGGGUCCCAGCCACCUAAGAAGAAGCCCAAAACAACCAAUAUAGAACUUCAAGGAGUACCAAAUGAUGAAGUCCAUCCACUACUGGGUGUGAAGGGGGAUGGCAAAUCCAAGAAGAAGCAAGCAGGCCGGCCUAAAGGAUCAAAAGGUAAAGAGAAAGAUUCUCCAUUUAAACCGAAACUCUACAAAGGGGACAGAGGUUUACCUCUGGAAGGAUCAGCGAAGGGUAAAGUGCAGGCGGAACUCAGCCAGCCCUUGACAGCAGGAGGAGCAAUCUCAGAACUGUUAUGAAGACCUUUGAAGUUCUUCAUUCUUUCCCACUUUGCCAUCAUGUGGCCUCUGGACACUGUGGUCAGUCAUUUGAAAAUUGACUUUAAUUUAAAACAAAGGCGUGUGCCUCCCACCCAGGAGGUGGGAGGGUGAAUUUUAUGUUUAAAUGAAGAAGUGAAUUAUGGAAGAAGAGUAUACGACCUUCCCUUCCCUUUCAAGCAUAAGUCCAAAUAGACUCUCAGGAAUGAAGAUUUGUGAAGACAUCAGAUAGGAAUUUUGACUCAUUUAAACUUUGAUGCCUAGUUAUGUUGCUGGAGAAAAAAUACCUGUGUUUUGCUCAUCUAACUUUAUUGUACCCAGCGUCAUUUUGACCUGUCAUUUCCUAUCUCCCAUUUGCCUUCUGUCCUCAAUGCAUGUCCUCGAGUGACUUCUUAUCUGAAAUUUUGCUACUGGUAUCCUAGGAAAACUUUUGUUGCAUACUCUCAUUUUAAACUUCUCCUCUCCCCUAAUACCUCCUAUAUUUCCAUAUUGUGUGCAAAGGAUGGGCAGAAAAGAAAGUGCUUGAAAGAUUUCAAAUUUUCAGAAAGGGAACAAUGAAGGCCCUCUCUUCCUCCCAUACCACAUUUUGCCCAAGAAGCCGGGCUGUAACAAUUCAGGGUUUUCCCUUGUUUUCCUCUCAUUGCAUGUUUCCCUCCAAUCUUGGUUCAUUGUCAUUAAUCAUGGUUUUUGAAGAUAGCUAGUUUUAUCCAUCUCCAGCAAUGAAUCAUCAGUAGUUUAUAUUGCUUUACCUGUGCUGGCUUCCAGAGAUGGAAACAAACCCAGGUGUCUCUCAACAAGCUACUUUUUUACUGGGUUGGGGGAAUCUAUGCAAGGAGUAAAGUAAAACCAUCCGAAUCAAAGCAGCAAACCACAUAGUUCAAAUCAAAGAUCAAGGUGAAUUUUUUGUAUCACUGCCUGUGGAAAUCUAGCCUCAUCAGUCAUUGCGUUUUUCCCUUCCUGUACCUGUGCUCCUUUUUCUUACUGUGUUUUCAGUCACUUCCUUUCUGUGAAAGGUUGCUUAGCUUUUUUUUUUUUUUUUUUUUUUGACAUUUGUUGUUCUUUAUAUAAAAAUAGCAGAUUGGAUAGAUGUGUACAUUUGAUGUUUGAAAUUCUCUGAAAAUC